GUACCUGUUGCCGAUGAAAGGACCGGCCAAAAGUUCUCUGAUAAGCCCAAAGUUAAGACCUCCCAGAAAGGCGCUCUUGUGAGAAGGAAGAGGAUUGGAGAAGAACCCCCUCAAAUUUCUGCUUUAAUCCCUCGAUAUUCUAUUAUAGCCGACAUUCGUGAUAAACCAGCUAAUAUUACAAUCAGCCAAUUAUUGCAGGAGGUUCCGUCUAUGCAAGUAGAACUAUCCAAGAGCCUUCGCAAGUCCAAGGUCCUUAAAAAGAAGGCCCGAACCUUUGUUAACCUCCAACCAACCCCUAAGUCGACCAAUCUAUAUUGUGAUGCCGUUGUCCAUGAGAAAGUAAUUCCACUCAUCGUUGACAGUGGUUCCUCCGGGAGUGUGGUUGCUUCACAUCUCCUUAGUGAAUUGGGUAUUAAGGUGGAACGACCGUCCACUGUCAACAUGGUCAACGUUUAUGGCCAGAGUAAAAAAGCUAUCGGCGAAAUUUCAGAGUUCCCCUUUUCCGUCGGAGGCGUUGUAGUUCCUAUUGAUGUAGUGGUCACAGAUGCCUUAUCAUAUCAGGCCAUAGUAGGGAAUGAUUGGCUUUCCAAGUUUCGGAAGCUUCACCACACCCCCAUUCAAGAUGAUCGCCUUCCUAAAAUUACUAAGGCCCAACCAGUUGAGGAUAGUUCUGAAGAGUCUGAAAGUGGGGAAAAAACUGAGACUGAGUAUGAAGAAGAGGAGUUGGAUGACCGACUCUUUGGUUUUUUUGAGGACGAACAUACGGUCUUCCAGUAUCAACGAAGUAAUGGUCGAGGAGCGGGUGAGGCGUGGUGGAAUAUGGAUGGUGAUGAGGAUUAUCUACCAGAGGAUAACUUUUCUGACUUUGAUGAUAAUGACGAAGAUUCUGACCCCAAAUUCUUCUUCGAGGAAGUAGAAGAAUCAUCCCGGGAGUUGGAUAUAGGAGACUUGUGGGAUGACGAUCAUGAUAAAUUGGAGGAGUUGCUUGUGGGAUACGAUGAUCUUUUUGCAUGGACUCCUCAGGAAUUGGGUCGAACUGACUUCGUCACCCAUUCUAUACAUACCGAAGGAGCCCUUCCCAUCAAGCAACGAUACUACC